AUGUGUCACCAGGACGCGUCACCCCGCUCCAGCGCAGGCCUGCACGGCAGUGGCACCUCAAACCCCGCCAUGCUCCUGUGGCGCGUGUUUGACGACCUGUCCGUGCGCGCCCGCCCGGCCGUGCGCUUCACCUACCGCGCCGUCGGCUCGGGCGUCGGGCAGCAGGAGUUUGCGGCGGGCGUCAGCGACUGGGGCUGCGGGGACAUCCCUAUGAGCGCGGCCGGCUUCAAGGCGGCGGCGGCGCGCGUGCGCAGCGGCGGCGGCAGGCUGGGGUUCACCAGGACUGACUCGGGCGUGGUCCACGUCCCGUUCCUGGUCGGCACGGUCAGCGUGUUCCACAGCGCCCCGGGCGCCAAGGCCCUCAGGCUGCCGCCCUGCCUCCUCGCCAAGAUAUUUAGCGGGAAGAUAACAACCUGGGACGACCCCCAAAUAUCUUCAGCCAGCCCGGGCCUCAAGGUGCCGAGCGGCCAGCCCAUCUGUGUCCUGAGGCGCGGGGGCGCUUCGAGCAGCACCUAUGGGCUUUCCGCCUACCUAGCACAGGCGUGCCCCGGGGAGUGGGCGACCCCGGCCGCCGCGGACUGGCCGGCGGGGCUGGCGGCGGUGGGGCACGCGCAGGACAACACGCAGAGGCUGGUGGACACGUUGGCAGGGGUGGCUUACUGCAUCGGUUACGCCGAGUCCGCCCAGGGCUGGGACGCGGGCCUGCAGGAGGUGGCGCUGACCAACGCUGACGGGCGCGAGCUCACUGCCAAGGAGGCCGACCUGGGUGCCGUCGUGAGCACCGUCCUCCACACCAGCCCCCGCACACCCGCGCCGCCUCUCAAUCUUGCCGCCUCCUGCAGCUUUGCGCAGCGGAUGCCGCCCCUCGACGCGGACUGGUCCGGCGUGACCCUGGUCAACCUGCCCGGCCCGGCGACCUGGCCCAUCGCGCUGCCCACCAUGCUGUACCUGCCGACUGACGCCACCAGCUUGGGGGCCGCCGGGCAGCUGCUGCGGGCGCUGGCGACGCACCUGCUGUCGGACGAGGUCCAGGGGACGCUGCUGCCGACAUUCGGCUUCCAGCCGCUACCGCCGGCGCUGCUGUCGGAAGUGAGGCGCCAGUGGGAGGGGCUCGUGCGCGCCGACAACGCCUUCCCCGCGUGGCGCUUCGAGAACGGCACCCAACCGCUCGUGGGUAUGGCGCCGUACAUCUUCUCUGCAAAACGCGGCAGCUAUACCCUGAACGAAGCCGCGCAGCUGCAGAAGACCCAGGACCAGCUGCAAGCGGCGCGCGGGGAGAUCCAGGCUCUGAGGGACUCGGCCGCCGCCGACGCGCGGACGACCAAGGCGCUCUCCGCGGCGGCGCUGGCGCUCUCCUCGGCCGCGCUGCUGGCCGCCGCCGCGGCGGCCAGCACCGUGGCCGGUACCAGGAAGAAAGCGCUCGACAUCGCCGAGGCGGAGUCGAAGGGCGCCGGACGCACCCCAAGCGCCUUCAGCCUUUACGUGAAGGCGACGUCGGCGCAGCAUUUCACCAGCGGCCAGCCUUUUGCAGAGGGCGUGCGCCGCGCGGGCGCCGCGUGGAAGGCGCUGGGCGACGCGGAGCGCGCGCCCUACCUGCAGCGUGCCCAGGCUGCAAAGGAUGUGAAGGCAGCUGAUCCCGCCGGCGCCAAGCGCCGCAAGAAGUCCGCCACAGCCGGCGACGUCCCCCGCGCCCUCACCGCGUACGCCAUAUUCAUCCAGCAGACGUCCUCCCGCUGGUUCGCGGGCGGCGCCACGGGGAAAGACGCGCUCCGCCGCGCAGGCGAGGCGUGGGGGGCGAUGAGCGACACGGAGAAGGCCCCCUAUGUGGCGCUUGCGCUGAAGUCCAAGCUGGCGGCGGCGGCGGCGCGAGGGGAGGCGGAGAAGAAGGCGGACGCCGAGCGCGCGCCGCUCACCGCCUAUGCGGCCUUCGUGGCCGAGACGGUCGCGCGGCGGCGUGACGAGGAGCCAGGCGGCGAGCCCCGCAGCGGGAAGCAGCGCCUGAUGGAUGCGGCGGCGGCGUGGCGGGGGCUGCCAGAGAGCGAGAAAGUGAAGCGUCAGCAGGCCGCCAGCAGCGCGCGCGCCGAAUGGGCCGCGGCGCGGGCGAGGGAGGCGUGA